AUGGAGCCGGAGAAAGAGGCGCGAACACCCAGGGACCGAGUCGAGCGGCCGCCGGACUCUAGGCCUCAGACGUCUGAAGAGGAGGAGGCGGGGGAGAGCACCGCAGCGCCGGCGGGGGCUGCUCUGGGCGAGGAGGUGGACGGCGCCAGUGCGGACGGGCUCUGGGAACUGCCAGUGGAGCCGACUGAUCGGAGGCCCGAGUGCAGCGGCUGCAGCCGGCCUCAGAGAGUGUGUUUGUGUCCAUUUCUACCAGUGCAUCCUCUGAACAUCUCUACCUACUUAUACAUAAUUCAGCAUCCGGCAGAGGAAAGCAAAGUGUUGCGGACAGUUCCUUUACUAGAAGCAUGCCUCCCGCAGGACAAGUGUAAAGUCAAGAUUGGUCGUCGCUUCAGUGAAGAAAGAGAUCCUGAACUUGCAACGGUUUGUCGGAAGUCUGGUACAUUAAUAUUAUAUCCAGGGGCUGAAGCUGCUAAUUUGGAAGACUUUAUAUUAGAGUCUCCUAUUUAUCCUUCUACAAUCAUCAUCAUUGAUGGUACAUGGACCCAGGCUAAGGACAUUUUCUAUAAGAACUCCUUGUUCCGACUGCCCAAACAGGUGCAGUUAAAAACUAGCAUUUCUAGUCAGUAUGUAAUUCGGAUGCAACCAACAAAUAGGUGCCUGUCUACACUGGAAUGUGCAGCUGUUACUCUUUCUAUUUUGGAGAAAAAUAAUUACAUACAGGAG